CGGCAGGGGGCGCUGCCGGCGCUGCCGGCGCCGCCGGGGAGGAACAUGGCGGAGGGAGCCGGCGUGGAGCCGCGGUUCGGCCGCCCCGCGCCGCCGCCGCAGACAGGCUGGGAGCGGCUCAGCGAGCUCUGGCGGCGAGACGAGCGGCAGCGGUACCCGGAGGAAACGGUGAACAUCGUGAAGUCGGCCUUCACCGGGGGACUGUUCGGCUGGCUGUACGGCGGGCUGCCGGCCUUCUACCAAGCCCGGAAGGCUUUCAUCGAGAGGAGCCACGGGGAGCUCUUUCAGAACCGCGCCGACGCGGUGCAAUCCGCGCAUCGGGCUGGUCUCAGGAGUUUCAUCCGCUACGGCUGGCGCUGGAGCUGGAGGGUGGCCACUUUUGUGACAAUAUUCAACAUGGUGAGCACUGGUCUGUCUGUGUACCGCAAUAAAACCACCAUCAGCCAUUUUGCUUCAGCAGGAGCCUUCACAGGAGCCCUUUUCAGAAUGCACUUGGGCCUGCAGGGGCUGGCAGGCGGCUUCGUGUUCGGAGCAGUGGUUGGGAUCCCUGCAGGGGGCCUCUUAAUGAUAGUGCAGAAGCUUGCUGGUGAGACCUUGCAGGAGAAGAGAAAUCGUGAGCGCAGGGAGCUGUAUGAACAGAAGUUAGCAGAGUGGCAAUCCAGGCUCAGCGUGACUGAAGUCUUAGGCCAAAUGGAGAGCAACACCGAGGGAGGACUGGAGACGGAGAGAGCAAGAGAAUCGAGGAGCUACUGAGUCUUCCCUACAUCUGUUGUAAGCAGCCACAAAGUAUUUUGAUUCUGCUCGUAAGUCUUCAGUCAAGGGGUCACAGGAGUCUUCUGUGAAUGCAGUUACAUCUUGUGCACUUGUAAAAAACCGUUUUGCUGAAAACAUUGUUUGUGGAUGCGUAUCACUGCACAGGAGCUUGAGAGGGCCAAACCUGUUCCACCUGCACAGGUGGAAGUGCAGACAAGUGUCACCUAGGUUUGGCGGGGGGUGAGGGCAGCCCCAGAGCCUCGUCUAGAACCCAUUUCACUGCUGAAAAUGUCCAAACCACCAGCGAUGUAGAAAUAUUCAAGGUAAAGGAGCCUCUGAAUAGUUCGGAUGCUAAAGGUGCCCUGAUUCCAGAAGCUAAUCACGCGCUGGGGAAAGCUCCUCUGUGCAGACAGCGCCUGGAGAGCCCGCUGCCGAUGCGCGAGUCCCCUCCUCUCGCCGUCCCGCUCCCGCCGCUCGGCUGGGGCUGGGGCUGGUUUGCUGACGGUGGUUUCUUCAGGCUUUUUGCAGAAAAACACACAUGCUUCCUACAGUACUUGGGGUAUUUUGCAAUCAGUGUUGAGGAAGGGUGAGGGAGCUGGGAACGAUCCGGAAAUACCCUGAAAAAGACAUUUUUUGGGUUCCUCAAUAGAAGUGUGGCUGAGGGGCCCACAGAAAGGAUGACUUGUUUCUGGUGGUGACGGUGGAAGAAUUGACACUGUGAACAGUUUUAACAGCAAUAGAAAGGCAUCUAAUUUAAUUUGAAGGUUGGAAAUUAGGGGAUUGCCUUUGGGGGAAAUGUGGUUCGAGGCACUUAAUAAAGCCAUCUAGCAGUGGA